AUGCAUCGUUCUCGUCAUCCCAUUGACAUUUCACUCGUUGUUGAUGAUGACAACGAUGAUGAUGUCUCUCAUCACCAUUUUAUUCCGUCUACAACCGGCGAUUAUUCAUCAUUAAUUGUUGAUUCGCCAUCAGAUACAAUGUAUCAUCGAACUCGAUCACCCUCACCUUCACCAACAUCAUCAAUUUCAUUGAAUAAUCAUCUUCAAGGACCACAACCAACAACAUCAUCAUCAUCAACAACAACAACAUCGCUUCGUCAUACACAUCGACGUUUAUCACAUAGUAGUUCAUUUCUUGAUUCAGUUGGAACCAGUAAUAAUGUUCAUCGUGAUCGUUUACGUUUUAAUACAUGGCCACGCCAUCGAAAAGAAAAACGUGAUAUACUUGUUGAAUAUGAUAAACGUUUAGCUAAAUCAGUUAUACAAGAACUUGGUAUUGGUAUCAAUAAAACAUAUCGUAAUCCAUGGGGUAAUCUAUCUUAUGCUCAAUUGAUUACACGUGCUAUUGAUAGUAGUCCAUGGAAACGUUUAACAUUAAAUGAAGUAUAUGAAUGGAUUAUUAAAUUUGUACCUUAUUUUAAAGAUAAAAUUGAUGCAAAAACAAGUUGGGGUUGGAAGAAUUCUAUUCGACAUAAUUUAUCUUUACAUAAUCAAUUUAUUCGGGUACCUAUUAUAUCAUCAAUAUCGAAAGGUCCUGUUAAAUAUGUCUGGACAAUAAAUCCAUCUUUUAAAAAUAAUUCACCAUAUAAAAAAUAUAGUCUUAAACGAAAACGAGCAGCUGCUGCAGCGGCUCUUGCUUCACAAGCAGCAGCAGCAGUAGCGGCUGUUUCAAAUGUCAAUUCAACAGUAUCAUCAUCAGGAACAUUAUCUUUAUCUCAAGAUCAAAAUUCUCCUACAUCAACAUCAUCACAACCACUUGUUAAUAUGUCAAAUAAUUAUCAUCGACAGUCAGCAACAACAGCAACAUCUUUACCAAAGGCAGCUCGUCUUAAUGAACACAACCAAGGUAAUAACUCGUCAACACUUAAUCAACUGUCUGUAGCUGCAGCAAUGAUGUCAGCUGGUGUUACUGAUCCAGCCGCAUACCGUGCUUUUUUAAAUUCUCAAGCGGCCGCUAUGCUCAAUAAACAUAAACAACAAACAUUAUCAUCAUCAACAUCAACUCAACGAGCAUCACCAAUUUCACAUCGACCAACACAAUCGUCAACAUCAUUUUCUCAUGAUACAGGACUUCCUAUUCCAAAAAAAGUUGCACUUGGAGCAGAACGAUAUAAACAACAACAACAGCAACAGCAGCAGCAACAACAGCAGCAGCAACAACAACAUCAACAACAGCAACAACAACAGCAGCAACAACAACAUGCUGAAUGGUUAUUAUCUUCCUAUCGACAACAACAGCAACAAUCACAAUAUAAUAAUCGUCAUCCUCAUCCAUCUGUACCAAAUAAAAUGAUGGUUAAUCAACAACGUUCACCCUAUUUACCACCACCACCUCCAUCGUCAUCAACACGUGUUAAUUCAGAUAUAAAUAAUUUAACACCAUCAUUACAACGACGAGUUAGUUCACCACCAAAUUAUUCUACUGUCGCUGCAGUUGCUGCUCAAAAUAAAUUAUUAGCUCAAACAAAACUUUGGCAUGCUGCUGUACAAGCAGCAGCUCAUGCUCAACAACAAUAUCAUCAUCAUCAGCAACAACCAUCAGCAAAUGCUAUAAAUGAGUUACAAAAUUAUAUUAAUCGUUCGAAUACAUCAUCAGGUGGAAAUCAAAAUAAAAUGUCAACAUAUCUUAAUCCUGAAACAGUUAAACUUUUAUCAUCAACAUCAUCAGCAUUAUCAACACCACCGACAACAGUAGCAGCACCACCUCCACCACCACCAGGAAAUAAUUCUCAUGAUGAACAACAUAAUUAUAGAAAUGAUCCACGUUAUAAAUUAAUGCGUGCUUCAUAUCCGAAUGCAACAACCGGUUCAUUACCAUCCACAUGUCUUAUAAGACAAAGAAUUAAUCAAAACAAUUCAGCAACAUUAACUCAACAACAACAAAUUGAUAUGGUUACAGCUGCUUAUCAUAAUUAUAGAAGACGUUCAAGUGGAUUUUCUUCAACAACAAGUCAUGGUGGACCAAGUGAUGAAGAAAGUGAUGAAUAUGUUCCACCAAGAAAAGAUUCGUCAACUUCAAAUGCAUCAAGUGGUUAUGAAUCAGGUUUAGCACAUAGUCGUUUAUCACCACCAUUACCAUCAUCGAUUCGUACUGGAUCAGGUUCAUCCAUAGCAUCAGAAAUAUCAUCUUCUUCAUGCUAUAAUAAUAAUAAUAAAACUAGUAAUGGUACAAAAUUUUCAACAAAACGUUUAACAAAUAUUAAUUCAAAUGAUAAUGAUAUUGAAAUUGAUGAACGUCAACAACUAACAUUAAAUACAGUUGGUGGUUAUGUUGAUGAUCUUAUGGAACGUAUACGUAAAAUGCCACCUAAAAAACGUUCAAAAUUUUAUCAAAUGCUUGAUGAAGAACGUUUAAAAGAUGUUAAUAAUAAUAAUCCAGAUGAACAUAGAAAAUCGAAAACGGAAGAAGGUGAUGAUGAUGAAAAUGAACAUCAUAUAUCAAUGGAUGUAUCCAUACCAUUGGUUGUCUCGGAAGUACAUAGUGAUGAUGAUGAUGAUGAUGAUCGAACAUUAAUUGAAUUAACACCUAAUACUGAAACAGUUAAUUUAGAUGAAGAUGAUGAUGAUCAUGAAGAUAUUAAAAAUAAAUUUAAACAACAACAACAAUUUAUUGGAUUAAAUGAAAAGAGUUAUGAAGAACUUCGUACAAUGGGCGUACCAUUAAAUGUAUUAAAGGCUAUUGCUUUUCAACAACAUCAACAAACACAAUCACAUAAUUCAAAUAAUAAUAAUAAUAAUAAUAAUCAAUUAUCAAAUUUUUUAACAAAUAAAUGUACAUUAUCAUCAACAAAUUCUUCAUCCGAUGCAAAAAGUUUAUUAAAUGCACGUACAAUACUUCGAAGAAUUUUACAACAACAUCAAAAAGAACAAGAACAACAACAUUCAACAAGUACUAAAACAUUAGUUGAAUCAAUGGAUUAUACAACAGAUGAAGAAGGUGGUAUUAUUGAAGAUGAUGAAGAUGAACAUCAAUCAUCAUUAAUUACACCAUGUCAUAGAAAUGGUGUAAGAUCAAAUAGUCAUAAUCCAGUAACUGUAACGCUCAAUCCAAAUGAUAUUUCAUCCUUAUCACCACCAACAUCAACAUCAUCAUCACCUGAUGAAACUGAUGUUAAUCAUCAUUCAAAUACAAAUUCCAUUAGUCGACCAUCAAGUACACCUGCUGCUCUCAUAUCUUCUGGUUGUUCAUUUUAA